AUGGGCGAAGUGCAAGAAGGCCGCUCAAAAUAUUAUACGCCCAAUGAGGUGGCCCUGCACAAUACCAGCGCAGACUGUUGGAUUUCCUUCCUCGGAAAAGUGUACGACCUGACGAACUUGAUAAAUCAACACAAAGGAGGAAAAAGGGACCUCACCUCACCUAUUCUUGCCAUGGCUGGAAACGACAUUUCGCACUGGUUUAAUCAAGUUACUGGAGAUCUGAAAACGUAUGUUGACGCCGAAAAGGGCAUCGUCCGAUACUAUACCCCACACGGAGACCUGCUUCAUAUCCCACCUUCUGAACCAAGAUCCGACUACAAUAAUGAUUUUGGCCGCCCAUGGUGGAAGGAUCGAAGAUAUGAGGUUGGAACCCUUACAAAAAAGCCGCGAAAACUAAGAAUCGUUAACACGCUUACCAGCCAGCAGCACAUCAUCGAAGUUUGCUCUGAAGAAACUAUGCUUGAAAUUCUUGCCAGAUAUAUUUGUUAUAAUUCUCACGCAGAGUCUUACACAUGGAAAUAUAAAGGAGAAGAACUAGACAAAACAAAAACCUUGGAGGAAAAUGGAAUUCUUGACGAAGACUUCGAACUUGAAGAGCUCGGCAUGGAUCCCGAGCAGUGGAUCCCAGCAAUUCACAUUUAUUUCAAUGAUGAUCUGCGCUCUCACUAUGAGAAGAAUACUGCAUAA